AUGGCCAUGAGGCAGCAGGGGGGCUCAGGCCAGCUUGUGAGCCGGCACCUAAAGUCACGCAGGGCAAAGGCCACAGGAGGCAGCACAACAUCCCUGCCGCUCCUGGCAAGCAGCUCCCUGGUGCGCAAGGACAUCCAAGCCUUUCUCAGAGUGUGUGGGGCCAGCCCGAGAGAGGUGCAGCACUGGCUGGCCCAGUUCCAGGCCUGGAAACACACUGCCGGCCAGCCCUUUGCUGUCAUCGAGGUGGACGAGGCAGUCUCAUGCUGCGCGGGAGCUGUGAGCAGCUUGGCCUUCGGGCUGGCCUUUCUGCAGCGCAUGGGCAUGACACCACUGGUGGUGUUGGGCCUGCCAUCUCACAGCUCCCUCAGCGACACCCUCACCUUCCCGGAGACCAAGGCUCUUCUGGCCCAGAACUGCCGGGCCCUGAUGGACUCCCUGCACCAGAACAAUGCUAUGGCCAUGCCCUUCUUUGGGGCAGGCUCCCUGCUAGGAGUGGAGCAGCCAGGCCCCCACUCCAGUGAGAUCAUAGUGGACACCGGCCUGCUUCGGUGGUGCCUGGAGGGCGGGCACAUUCCCCUGGUGUGCCCCAUUGGGGAGACACAUGACCGGCGGGCCCUGCGCCUUGACUCUGCCAAGGUCACCACCGCCAUCACUGAAGCACUGAUGCCCAGCAAGAUCAUCUUCCUCAACACAUCAGGGGGCCUCAGGGACUCCAGCCAAAAGGUGCUGGGCAAGGUGAACCUCCCUGCUGAUCUGGGCCUGGUGAAUGGCCUCAAGGGCCUGGGCCACAAGCAGCAGCAGCAGAUCCAGCUGAUAGCCCAGCUGCUCAGCCACCUGCCUCCAGAGUCCUCUGCGGUCAUCACCUCCGCCCACACAUUGCUUGCCGAGCUCUUCAGCUACAAAGGUGCGGGAACCCUGUUCCAGAGCACUGAGCGUAUACUCCGGGCCAAGAGUUUGGACGAGGUGGACCAGGAUCGCCUCGUCACCUUGAUCAACACAGCUUUUGGGAGGACACUGCGAGGGGACUACCUGGCCUCCCUGCAGCCCAGGCUGCGUUCCAUCUACUUCUCUGAGGGUUACAAUGCAGCUGCCAUUGUCACGGAGGAGUCAGUGCUGGGCAGCACGCCCUACCUGGACAAGUUUGUGGUCAGCGCUAGCAAGAAGGGCCAGGGCUGUGGGCAAGCACUGUGGGAGUGCAUCCGGCAGGACCUCCAUGUCCUCUUCUGGAGAUCUCGUAUCACCAACCCUAUUAACCCCUGGUAUUUCAAGCACAGUGAUGGGAGCUUCUCCCACUGCCAGUGGAUCUUCUUCUGGUUUGGGCUGUCUGAUCUCCGGGACUCCUAUGAGCUGGUGAGCCACGCACAAGCCAUCCCAGACUCCUUCUGCAAACUCCAGCACAGCACACCAGCCUGA